AUGUUGUCAUCUAAGCUUGAGGGGACUGCAGGCGAGGGAGGAGCACCAACGGCGGGGUGGACGGAGGUGCGGUGGCGGGUGAGGGCGCCCUCGGCGGGGGAGGGCCAGGUGGUGUGCGUGGUGGGGAGCAGCGAGGUGCUCGGGGCGUGGAACCACGACGCCGCUCUCGAGCUGGCGCGCGAGGAGGGCAAGCCCGACGCCUGGUGGGGCCGCGCUCGCCUGGCCCGCGGGGUCGAGUGCCGCUACAAAUACUUCAUACGGGAGGGGGCCGCCAUCGCCAAGUGGGAGAGCUGGCGGGAGAACCGACGCCUGGUGCCCCUCGGCGUCGAGCUCUUCGUCGAUGACGGCCGAUUUGGCGUCGAGAAGACUUCCCCCUCUUCCUCUCCCUCGCCCUCCUCGCCCUCUCCCCCCAGCAGUAGCAGCAGCAGCAGCGACGUUUGGGAGGACCACGGCUGGCUCGUUUCCGACAUCCAGCUCCGUAUCACGCUGGGGGCCAAGAGCUUGGAGCACCACUCCAAGCCGCGCACGCCUCCUGUGGAGCUGCGUGACUCACAACUGCGGCCCCACAAGCUGGUCUUCUCCUCCAAGGACCCGAACAUCGUCGCCAAAUCGGUCUUUCUUGACGACGACGCUCGCGAUGAGCUCAAGGAGCACACCUUCCACACGGGAGGCUUCUCUUCUCUCCAUCUCUACGUCGAUUUCUUCGUGGCCGGCUCUACAACCAAGGUCGGUCGCGCCAUCAUCACGCCUGCGUUGUUGCGUGACUUGAUCGGCACAGCCGCCAUUCCCAUCGUUUCUCCUGAGCUGGAGGAGGUCGGCAUAUUCGCGUUCGAGUAUCUCAUUGUGAAGCCCUUUGAGCACGAGAACCUCAGCGACGUGUUGGCCCGCACCUACUGGAAGUCGACCAAGUUCGUGGACGUGGGUCACCGGGGCUGCGGCGCUAAUCGAGCGGUGUCCAAGAGCGGCAAGAAGACCGUCGUCAGCGAGAACACGCUCCUUUCCUUCGUGCGGGCGGGCCAGCUGGGGCGAGGUGCUGUCGAAUUCGAUGUGCAGCUUUCCAAGGACGGCGUGCCGGUGAUCUUUCACGACUUUCUCGUUCCGGUCGAUGAGAGGGGCCACUACAAGGUGCCCGUGUACUCUCUCACACUCCAGAAGUUCAAGGAGCUGGCCAAGUGCAGCCACUCCUGGAGCAAAGAUGCUUCGGGCGCCGUGCCCUACCCGGCUCGUAAGGGCGGACAGCACAGCAGCAGCAAGGCCAAACAGGUGGAGCCCAGCGAGGAACCGACUCUCUUCCCCUCGGCAGCAGAAAAGCACAAACUCAUGCGGAAGAGGAACAGCCUCGGCCACGUCUACCAUGAGGGAGACGAAAACAGGCCCCACACCCCUCUCCAGGAUUCAUUCGCCACGUUGGAAGAGGUGUUCGACAUCGUGCCGCUUUCCACGGGCUUCAACAUCGAAAUCAAGUACCCCACCAUCGAGCAACUCGCCAAGGGGAAAGUCGCCCUCUACCCCGAACGCAACCAGAUCGUCGAUGCUGUCCUCAAGGGAGGAUCCAAGCUGUGCCUUGAUCAUCGGCGAAACUCCGUGCCGCAAGCCAUCCGGUUUGCCAAGUCGGGUAGGUUCUCGCCACUGUUGAACGCUCCCGAACUCAUUAAACUGGUCAAGUCUUCGGGCCUUCUUUUGGCCACAUACGGCAGCCCCAACAAAGCUUGCGACCCGGGCCAACGCAAUCCGACAACGCACAACGCGACGUGCAGCAACGAGCAGGAGUACGUGCGGCUGCAGGAAGAAAUGGGAGUCGAUGCAGUCAUCUCGGACCACCUCAUUGUGCCGCGACACAAGGACGCCAGCGAGUGA